AUGGUGGUGGCCCCUGCACCACUGCUCAGGAAAGUUGGUGACCUGGCCCUGGUUGUGGAUGGCUGCUCCAUUUCCUCAUCUCCUGAGGAGCAGAAGAGGCUGCUCUGUCUUGGCAUCACCGGACCUGAGGGACACGUUUUAUCUCACCCUGAAGAGGUCGAGACGGAGGCGGUGUACAGGGCCGUCACCAUCGCCAAACAGGCUAACUGCCCACUGUAUGUUACCAAGGUGAUGAGUAAGUCCGCCGCUGAUAUCAUCGCCAAGGCCAGGAAGAAAGGUAUGGUGGUGUACGGAGAGCCAAUCACAGCCGGCCUGGCCACUGACGGCUCUCACUAUUGGUCCAAAGACUGGGCCACCGCUGCUGCCUUCGUCAUGAGCCCCCCCCUCAACCCGGACCCCUCAACGCCUCAGAACCUGGUCUCUCUGUUAGCAUGUGGAGACCUCCAGGUGACGUCCAGCGCUCAGGCGAGCUUCUCCACGGCUCAGAAGGCCGUCGGUAAGGAUGACUUCACGCUGAUCCCUGAAGGCACCAGCGGCAUCGAGGAGAGGAUGUCAGUGGUUUGGGAUCGAGCCGUGUGCUCGGGGAAGAUAGACGAGAACAACUUUGUGGCAGUGACGAGCACCAAUGCCGCCAAGUUGUUCAACAUCUACCCACGCAAAGGGAGGAUCGCUGUGGGCUCGGAUGCUGACCUCGUCAUCUGGAAUCCUAAAGAGACCCGGACUGUUUCUGCAGAGACCCACAACCUGAGCCUGGAGGUGAACAUCCUGGAGGGUCUGGUGCUCCGGGGGGUUCCGUCUGUUGUGAUCUGCGGGGGUCGGGUGGUUCUUCAGGACGGGAAGCUGAACGUGAGCGAAGGAUCCGGACGUUUCAUAAACAGGAAGGCGUUCCCCGACACCGUGUACAAGAGGAUCAGAGCCCGCAGCAAGAUGGCGGAGGCCCGAGGCGUCCCCCGUGGAAACUACGAUGGUCCGGUCCAUGAUGUCAUCAGCAUGACUAAAUCGGUCCCACCCACUCCGACCAGCAGAGGACCGCCCUGCCAGAAAACCCAGACCAGCCUCCGAAACCUCCACCAAUCAGGAUUCACACUGGCAGGAAGCCAGGUUGACGACCACAUUCCUCGCCGCUCGACUCAGAAGAUCGUCGCUCCCCCCGGCGGACGCUCCAACAUCACUUCCUUGUCUUAGACAGGAAGUGACUCAGCACAUGAGCAGGAAGUGAGCGAAUGUCUCCGAGAGGCUGCACUAAAAGCUAACAACAAGCUACACCUGCUGAUAAUAUACUACAGUACUGCAGUACUACAGGUACUAUUAUACUGCAGUACUUGUAGUAACUUCAAAAAGUACUCCUUCCAAUUACUAGCACUUAACCCUUUUGGAGUAGUACUUCAUUUAAUACUAAAGAUAUAUGUAGUGCUACCCCUUAAACUAAUACUACAUCCAUAAGAUCAGUUCAACACAAACCCAUAAAACAGUAGUACUACAACCCUACAUAUACUAACACAUCCUACAACACCCCCUCAUGUAGCAGUAAACAUAGUAACUGUAGUACUUUAAAUACCACUGAACCCAACAACACCUUUACAAAUACUAGUACACUCCUCAACUGGUACUGUACUUCUACAGGAGUAGUACUCAAUGCUACAACAGUGGUACUUUAACUAGUACUUACAGUUUGGUGUUUUUCUCCAGGCCUGCUGUGUACCGGCCUCCAGAUCAUGUGAAGCUCUCUAAAUGUAUACAUGUACUCAAACAACUGCAUCCUGUCCCCUAUUACCGAGUAUUCCUGAGUAUAGCUGAGUACACCGAGUAUUCUUGAGUAUUACUGAGUAUUACCGAGUAUUCUUGAGUAUUCCUGGGUAUAGCUGAGUAUUCCUGAGUAUUCUUGGGUAUAGCUGAGUAUUCCUGAGUAUUCCUGGGUUUCCCCCUAACUGCUGAACACCAGGUGUUCACAGGUGUUGCACUAACCCUCUGCAGUAUUUCCUUAUGCAGGUCUGUGGUGCUGUCUGUGUUUUAUUACUCUCUAAUACCUGUCCUGUAUAAUAUACUCCCUGUGUACUCCUUUAUGAUAUUACUAAUACUCUGUACUUUGUUCUUGUAGUUUCUGCUCUGACUCCCUUUCAUAUUUAUUUUAUAAGUUUGAUACUGAAACUCUUUCAGGCUGACUGUGGAAACAUGAAUACAAACAAACAGUGCAAAAAUAAUCCAGAAAUAGCCUGCAGGUAGCUGACCCCCCCCCGUAUGACCUCUACUGACCCCUUUGUUAACCCCCCCCCUCCCCAUAUGACCCUGCAGUGUCAGUGAUGAAAGCUUCGCCGUUUACACAAAGAGUUUAGUCCUCUUGGACACGUUGUCCUGGUGACGGUGAAUCUGUUGUUGUUGUUGUUGUUGUUGUUGUUGUUGUUGCUGUUGUUGUUGUUGUUGUGUAAACUGAGCUGCAUGAA